AACGUACCCAGCAAGAUCGUAUUCACAUCACAAUGAAUAAACACAAUCCUGAAGUACAGUAGUGAUUAGCUUCUCUUGUAUUUUAGGCACUGUUAAGACAGUAUACAGCUGUAUAUAGUUGUUAGGACAUGUUUUUACUAGAACAGCACUAGUGCAAGCAGUUGGUUCAGUGUCAGCCUGAUUAUUCUCUUAUACACCAUAAAAAUAAGUGGAGUAGUGACAGCCCAUAGCUCAUUUUAAUAUGGUGUUAAGCAAGAGGUUUUCCAUGGACGUCAACUCAAUGCUUCCUUCAGUGGAGGAGGCAAAGGAUGCUGAGGAGGAGGAGGUCACUCAGUACAGCUUAGGGGGGAUCGCAAGCAGACCACCAAGCAGACCACUUGCAAGCCUGAGCCGAGGAAGUGUUGACGAAAAAAUUGUACCAAGGUCAGCUAGAACAAAGCAUGUGGCUGAAAAAGAUGGCCAGCAUGACACUGCUGAUGUUCCAGACUCAACAGAAGAAAAAGAGGAUGUGACACCAGAUAAGCCCCCUGUCAGUUCAAAGGAAAACCUGGACACGUGGGAUACAGAUUUAGAAAUAGAAGAGAUCAAACAAUCUUAUGAUCCUUCUGGCAAAGCCGGAUACAUUUCAGCAUGCCAUUUAUUUGGCGUAGUGCCAGUUUCAUACUACUUGCGUCACAUGGGAGACCCUGAACUCAUCAUGAGGCAUCACGGACUUGGUGCACAGGCUGUAAGAGCCAUUGCUUUCUCACUGGUGACCAACACUUCAAUUGUGAAUUUAAAUCUCAGCGAUAACUGGAUGGAAGGAGACGGGGCAGCAGCAAUUGCAGAUAUGCUGAAAGAAAACUGCUACAUUUCAGAGCUACACUUGUGUGAUAACAAACUUGGACUGAAAGGAGCCAAGGCCCUGUCACUGAUGCUCAUGGAGAACAUAACUCUUCAGAAGGUGAACCUGUCAGGAAAUGAGUUUGGUGAUGAGGCGUCUCCCUGCCUCUCUGAUGCCAUAAUGAACAACCAGAAGGUUGAAUUAAUGAAUCUCAGCCAUAACAUGUUUGGAGAUAAAUCAGGUGAGAUUUUUGGGGCUGCGAUUGCUGAAAACACAGGAAUGUUGGAGCUAAAUCUCAGCUGGAACUGUUUCCGUGGAAAAGGAGCAGUUGCAGUUGCCAAAGGUUUAGGGGCCAAUAUAUUUCUAAGAGUGCUGGACCUGUCAUACAAUGGAUUUGGCAAUGAUGGAGCAGCUGCAUUAGGAGAGGCGCUGAAGGUUAAUAACGUGUUAGAAGAAUUACAUGUAAGCAACAACCGUAUUGCCUUACAAGGAGCGGUACGUUUCGCGUUGUGCCUUAAAGAAAACAAAACAUUGAGAUUACUAAAGAUGGCCAGAAAUCCGAUACAAAGUGAUGGCUGCUUUGCCCUUCUAAAGGCAAUCCAAGCAAACUCUGAGUCGGCCAUAGAGACGCUCGAUUUCUCCGAUAUUGUAGUAAAUAAACAGUUUGAUGAUCUGCACAAUACUAUGAAAGCAACUAUGCCAAAUUUGUCUAUCAAACUUGGAGGAAAUUCUGACAUGUUCAAAAGACCCUUUAGAAAGGUAGACCCACUGCACAAAGUUAAACAAUACGCAAAGGAAAAUAGCCUGCAGCUGGCAGAAUUGUUUGGGAACAAGAGUGAUGAUACAAGUGCAUCAAUGACUCACGAAGACUUUGAGCAGCAUAUAAUGAGCAUUGGUGUCAUGAUGUCCAAGGAGGAAAUACAGCAACUAAUAGAUUUCCUGGACAAAGACAAAUGUGGCACAAUUGAUUUCAGUGUACUUCAGAAAGCCUUAUCUUCUUAAUCUGGACCGUUAUAAUGAAUCUGAACUAUUCUUCCAAAGAACUAAUAUUACCGAGAGACGCAAUGUCUACCUGUAAUGUUUUAGCUUUUAAUGCUUUAUUUUGAUUUAGGUUAGGUAGAACCUUCAGACGUAUUAAUUGUUGCUUAAAAUAUUGUUACGUUACAAUUGUUUUGUAGGAAAUGUAAACAUUCAUCAGUGGUUACUGUACACUGUGCCAUCGGUUUAUGUGACAACUAUCCCAUACAGCAAUAUUUAAAAUAUUAUAUGAAAGUAAUAAAAAUGUUACUUUGUUAGAGAUCACAAAAA